GUAAAUUUAUUUAUAGAAUUUAUUUCUCAAAUCCAGAACCAGCAAUGUAAUUGGUUAAUACUAUAUUCCAAGAAUCAUAAAGGGUUUCUAUUUGUACACCAAAAUCAAGAUCAACCUCACAAUCCUUCCAAAAAUCCAUCCAAGGAAUCUAGUACAAAUUUUCUUGAAGCCUCUCUUUUUCCAUUGCUUUUUGGUGUUAUCAAACUUGGAACUAAACCACACAAAAUGGAAUUCUAGCCAUCUUGAAACAAGACACGUACGUUUCUCACUUACCAUACAAAACAAAACAAACUUGGAAAGUUUUGAAAGAAUGACGUGUAAACGAACUCCCCAUCCAUUCUCUCUUAGCUUUUAUUCCCACACAUAAACCCUUUUAUCCAUGUAAGUGUAAUCUUCAAGCUUCAUUCUUCUCUUCUCUUUCAACCAGAAGGGAUCUGCCAAGGAAGAAGAACAAGAACAAGAAAGAAGAGGGCUUUCGUUUCAACUUCAUGAACGUAGAACCUACAAAAAUGACCCUCCAGAGUCCUGUCCAGCAUAGUGAUGAACGAGCUCCCCAGGUUCCGGAAGAACCCGACAAAAGUCAGGAGCCUGAGGAUGUUUUUCAUGUUGAGACAGGAAGUUCAGGGUUGGAAACCUGUCCAUACAGUAGUGAUGGAAAUGAUAGAGCUAUUAAUAACGAGGGAGACUCGUUAUGUAACAAGUCUUCCUCAGCUCCAGCAGCAGUUGAUGAAGUUUCAAAAGAAGAAAUGAGGGCUGAAGAGUUAUUGGAAGAAGAUAGUGAACGAGAGAGACUGAAGAGGCAUAGGAUUGAAGUGGCAGGCAGGGUUUGGAUUCCUGAUAUAUGGGGUCAGGAAGAGCUUUUGAAGGAUUGGAUCGAUUGUUCUUCAUUUGAUGCUUCUUUGAUUCCUACCGCGAUUAUGUCGGCUCGUGCAGCUCUGGUUGAAGAAGGAAGAAGAACAAAUUCUGGCGGAUUUAGAAUAGAAAACAGGCUAGAAAAUGCAACAUGUGAGGUAAGUCAAUGUCAUGAUUAUCAUCGAGGGGAUGGAGCACCCACGUUGGGGAAAAAGUAAAACUGAGCCCACCUUUCCAACAAGGCUGACCCGGUUGAAUGGUGCAAGCCAUUUGGGGCCAUUUCUGAAGAUCGGAAAACAUAGCCGGUGUCUACAAUGAAUCAGCUGGCUGCCUGAGCUUUCUCACCAUCGGGACCAGAGACAAUCCUUCAAGUUAAAC